AUGACGGUGGAUGAUUGCAACAACAACACAGCGGUUAUUGAAGAGGGUAGCUGCAACAAUGAUAUACCAACAACAACUCAAACAAAAGCAAGUAAAUCGACCGGUGGAAAGGCUCCUCGUAAACAACUAGCUACCAAAGCUGCCCGUAAGAGUGCCCCAGCCACCGGCGGUGUUAAGAAGCCUCAUCGUUUCCGUCCUGGUACAGUUGCUUUGCGUGAAAUCCGUCGUUAUCAGAAGAGUACUGAAUUGUUGAUCCGCAAAUUGCCCUUCCAACGUUUGGUUCGUGAAAUCGCUCAAGAUUUCAAAACUGACUUGCGUUUCCAGAGCUCUGCUGUUAUGGCCUUGCAAAAAGCCAGUGAAGCCUACUUGGUUGGUCUUUUCGAAGAUACUAACUUGUGCGCCAUCCAUGCUAAGCGUGUCACCAUCAUGCCUAAGGAUAUCCAAUUGGCCAGACGUAUUCGUGGAGAACGUGCUUAAAUUCUUGACGUUUUAAAAGCAACAAUUUUACAACAAAACAAUCGGUCCUUUUCACAAA